UAAAAAGUUUAAUCAUUUAAGAGUAAGACUGAAGAUCCGUUCAGAGCUUGAGACGGUGCCACUAUCUGCGACAAAUAGAUUUCACGUGAAUUAUGACGCAUUAUUAAAGAGUAAAACAGCUGUUUUCCAAAGCUGGGAGAAGUUCCUGAUCUCGACGCAACGGAGCGAGGUUCUUUGCGGAGGUUUCACCUGCCGCAGACGCACUUUGAGAGCAGCGAUCCUGUCGUGAUCGUGCGGGGAGGAGGCAGGACCCGUGUCCCAGCCCUCCGCAUCCAGCUGCGUCGCUCCGCAGCAGCGGCGCCACACUCACUAUGGUCGCGGCCGCGAGCAGGGCGCUCCUGGCGCUGUUCCUCGCGAUUGGCGCACCCGCAUGGGGACGAACAGCCGAGAAGCCUCUAUGGCCACAAAAUGGGAAGCAGACAUCUGUGGAAAAGGGCCCGAGGGAUGGCUGGGAGCCUUUAAUCGUCCUGGAUGGAAGACCGGUGGACCGCUUCAUCGUUAGCGCCGGCAAACCGACCAGGUCCCACCGCUUCGCCAAAGCCGGCAAGGACGGCCGCGCUCAUCCAGCGGAGGACGUAGACCCUGAAUGGGUUAAUCUGGAUGGCUUCGCUGUGUUGGGUGGUGCACCUGUCAGCAACUCAUCAGCAGGUCCAGUCAGGACUUCACAAACCAGAGCCAGGAGCUCGUCUUCUGUGCAGCGGGCCACCCGGGAGGACAGACGGGCGAGGUCGUCAGGCGUCUCCAGUACCCGGACACACAGGAGGGCGCCUCAGUCGUCCUCAGGCCCCAGGCAGCCGGAGAGGCCCCAGGCCGGUGCCCCCCUGCUGGAGCGGCGGCAUCAGCACCACACCAAACCUCAGUCUGACCAGAGGAACCGACAUGCAGCCAAACUAACAUCUGAGUCCGUUCAUGUGGUGUCACUGCAGGCACAGAAGGCCCAGGACCAGCGUGUACCCGCCAACAGAGCAGUCAGAGUCAAAACAACCAUACCAGAGCCUCCAGAAUAUGAGGCCCGGGACAUUAGUGUCAGGGUCUUGUCUCCUAAGUCAGUCCUCAUCUCUUGGAUUGACCCUGCUGUCGAGAUGGGGAAAGUUGCCCCUGGAACUUCCAGAUCCUACACAGUCAGGUACAGGGAGAAGGGCGAGUCAGCUCGAUGGGAGUUCAAGGAGGGCGCCCAGAGGAGAAUGAUGAUAGACACGCUGUCCGCCGACGGCAUGUACGAGUUCUCUGUCCGAAUCUCUCAGGGAGAGAAUCAAGGAAAGUGGAGCGUUUCCGUUUUUCAGAGGACUCCUGAGUCAGCUCCAUCAGGGCCACCCGAAAACUUUGAUGUCAAGCCACUACGAGGUAAAGGAACCGCAGUCAUAGCAACAUGGGAUCCACCCGAAGAACCUAAUGGGAGGAUAAGAGAGUACAUCCUAUCGUAUGCUCCUGCCACAAAACCAUUUGGAAUGAAAAGUGUGACGUACAGUAGCAGGACCACCACAGCCACCAUCGAUGGCCUCACGCCAGGAGAUCGAUAUAUCUUCAAGAUCAGAGCCACCAACAGGAAAGGACAGGGACCCCAGAGCAAAGCUUUCAGUGUAGCUAUGCCGGGAUCCAGCAGCACUGUCGCGUUCUCAAAGAGUAAAGACAACCGCAAGACUGGCCACACUCCCACGAAACAGGAUACUGAUCACAAUGAGUCGACAACGGAACCAGAGGAGCCACCAACACCUCCUCAACCAGUUCCUGCUGCUCCUAUUAAUAGAAGUAUGAGGCCACUCUCUGAGACACGAUCCUUUCACAGCGUCUUCAACUCAGUAAGGGAUAUAGGGAAAACUUAUUCAUCCAGAGCAAAAGAAAGGGAAGAUAGGGAGAAAAAGGAAAGACGGAAAAUACCCACAACACCAGCACCAGUGGAGGAGACAACCACAAUGAAGGCUGAGACAGACAAUGAUGGUUCCCCUGAACUGGAGGAUGUGGAAUAUGAAGAGGAGCCCUUAACAACGGAGGCACCCAUCCUCAAAGCAGUUACCUCUUCCCCAACUAAACCAACCUUAAAUGAUCUCAAUCCACCUCCCAAAAGGCCUGUUAAGAUCAGAGUCCAUCAAAAACCAAUAUCCAAGGCCUCCUCCUCAUCAUCUUCCUCUUCAUCUCUCCCUUCUUUCUCUUCAUCCUCAUCUUCAAAUAUUCAGGAUUUGGCUGCUAGUAGAAAGGACUAUGUAGUUUCCACAUUCCCACAAAGCAAAAACACUGACAAUAACACAAGCACUCAGAAUAAACCUUCCACUCCAGUUGCAAAAGACACUGAGGCUACUGAUAGAGCUUCAGUGUUAGCUGGUCGCAGCAGUGGUUCAAAAUUUAUUAACAGCCGGCGACACCAGGGGAUUUUGUUUAGGGGUAAUUCAACCCGUUUCUUGAAUGGAUACAAAUUUGCAUUUAACCCAAGGUCAAAUUUACCAAGCAGAACUUCAGAUCAAACAUCAAUGAACACGCGUAGUUCAGCAUCAUCACAGUCUGCUCAAAACCACAGGUCAACCUUAGAAAAAGCCUCUACCAGCCAAUCAACAUCAGAUGCAGUCAGUGUAGAAAACUCACAGUCCACAUCAGAGUCUCAGUCUCAUGCAUCCACAACGUCUCGCAUGUCAAAGUUAAGUCCUUCUGUUUCACGUACUGGCUCACAGCAGUCAUUAAGUACAGACUCAUCAGCUUCACAUAGACCAUCCCAAGGCUCUGCCAGCGCCUACAACACACACACGUCAUACACAACACCUGAGCAAGACAAUAACGAAGGCAUUAAAAGCAAACCAACAGCCGAGGAGCCUACAUCAAGCUCUAAAAGACAAACUGCAGAAGAGAAGACGAGGGAGGAUGAGAAAAUUACAAGCACUAAUGAAAAACCUGUGGUUUCUCAUACAAAGAUUAGCCCGUCGUUUGCUGAAAGGUUCCCAUGGCUCGCUAGUCGUUACCCAGGCAGGUUUAGUCCAGUGCCAAGAACGUCGUCUUCGGGGCAGGACAGCAGGACAACCUGGUCCAGGUCCUCGUCCUCUGCAGGAGCCGAUGGACCCGUCCUGAGGGAAACACCCACUAGAGUGUCAGGGGCCAUGGGUGCUGCAGGAGUGUCCUCCAUACAGGAGACCAGUGAAGAUGUAAGGACUGCUUCCUCUCAUGACUCAGUGAAGAAUGGGGCAGGGGUCAGCUCAUCUAAGCCACAUUUGACCAAUCAACAUACAGCAUCUAGUCACAACAGAAGCCCAACAACGUCCUCUGGUUCUUCAACUUCCUCUUCCCGGUCCACCUUAGGUUCCCAUCAGUCCUCAAGUGGACAUAGAGGCUCAAGUGGGUCCGUCCAUGUAGCAACCUCUCAUAACUAUAACAACGCUCCUAAAAAAGAUGACGUUGAUGAAAGGAGCACAGAGAUUAGUGGAAAGAAUAAUAAAGAUUCCAGAGUGACCCAAAAUAAUCCUGUGGGUACUGGAUCCGACCCCAGAAACGCAGAGGACAAUGAGAAUGUGGAUGAAAAUGAAACAUCACCCAGGACCAGAUCUGGCACAUCCUCUGUGAUCAGUCCAAGUUACCGGCAACCUGGUUUGGGAACAAACGGAAGGAUACGCACACCUGCGCUGGCUAAGAGGCAGUUUGGCAGCUCUAGGUUUUCUAUCAGACCGAAGCCUGUACAGAAUUCUAGACUGGACUCUUCAACCUCGGAUACCGCCUCAUCCUCUCCCCAGUCAGCGCCAGUCUCCUCAGAACGUGAUGCCAUGUCUGGCACUUCCGUAGCAAGGACAGGGGCAGUAAUUGGAAGCAACUCUCGGUCCACAUCGGCAUUUUCAACGAGAGACAGGAGUCUGGGUGCCAGAUCUCAGAACCCCUUCAUCAGAGGGAAACCAACCAGUGGACGAGCACUGAAACCUGGCAACGCAAAUGAUAAAAAUGGACGACCCAACCUCACCUCAACAGAUGUUAAAGAGUCCUCCACAACUCAUGGAACGAGAAAGUUUAUCACUGGGCCUGAUGGAUCCCAAUGGGUGGUCGACCUGGAGAAAGGAGUUCUUAUGAACCAGCAUGGAAAGGUUCUUCAGGACUCGCAGGGCAAACCCAAGAGGGUGGUGCUUGGCGAGGACGGACACACAAUCUUUGACCUCAUGGGCAGCCCCCUGGUAAACCAGGAGGGUAUGGCUCUGUUCGGACAUGGCAGAGAUAGCCAACCUGUGGUCAACCCCAAGGACAAGGUGCUGAUGAUUGGAGGGAAACAGGUACUGGGCUUGAACCCACCCCGCGUCCGGACCACCACCACCACCACCACAACCAUGGAUCCCACUACCACACCUGUAGCCACCACCACUGACUGGGCCUCUGAGGAGUACACCACUGCCAUGCCGUACCCAAGCUGUCCACCCGGAACCUUCUCCAGAACAGAUGCAUACGGGUAUCCGCUGCUGGACCCAGAAGGAAUAUUAGACUGUUAUCCAGAAGAGGAAUCCUCAGGAAUGGAACUGGACCACAUGGUUACAGUGGCCAUGGUGCCUGAUGCUUUAGCUCUUGACGAAGAUGAGCUUUUUGAACAGACCACCCUGUUGGCACCCAUCACCACCACAACCACCACCACCACCACGACCACCACGACCACAACCACCACAACCACAGAGAACCCAACCCCGCCUCGACCACACAUACCCUUCAGCAAAGUGCCUUCAUCUGAGCUGGACCUCAGUGGGAAGAAGCGAUUCACAGCUCCUUAUGUGAACUACAUCCAGAAGGAUCCCGGUGCUCCCUGCUCUUUGACAGAUGCUCUGGAAUACCUGCAGGUGGACAUCCUGGAAGGCCUGAUGAACAACGACAGUGCCACAGCCAACCAGAAGCAGCCGCCCAAAGACAAGCCCAAAAACCUCACCGUGAUCGCCAUGGAGGGCUGCCACUCAUUCAUCAUCCUGGACUGGGCCCGGCCCCUGCAAAACCAAAUGGUGUCAGGCUACAUGGUCCACAGCGCUUCUUAUGACGACGUCCUCAACAACCGGUGGUCCUCCAGGUCCUCCAGUGGGACGCACUUGGCUGUGGAGAACCUGAAACCCAACUCCAGGUACUACUUCAAAGUGCAGGCCAAGAAUGUGUUCGGCUUGGGGCCAGUCAGCGACACGCUCACCUAUGUCACAGAAUCAGACGAUCCUCUCCUCAUUGAGAGACCACCUGGAGGGGAACCGAUCUGGAUCCCCUUCACCUUCAAGUACAACCCCGGCCACAGCAGCUGUAAGGGCAGCCAGUACGUCAAGCGCACGUGGUACAGGAAGUUCGUAGGUGUGGUUCUGUGCAACUCUCUGCGAUACAAGAUCUUCAUGGGUGAUGGUCUUCGAGAGCCUUUCUACAGCAUAGGGGACACACUGGGCCAGGGAGAGGACCACUGCCAGUUUGUGGACUCCUACAGGGAUGGAAGGACAGGCCCGGCCUACCACUCCAAUAGUCUGCCCUCAGCACAAGGUUUUUAUCGCGCCUACAGGCAGGAGCCGGUUGCUUUCGGGGUGAUCGGUCGACGCACACCUCAUCCAUUCGUGGGCUGGUAUGAAUGCGGGGUGCCCAUCCCCGGGAAGUGGUAACCCGGCGGGAGCAGAGACAUCGUUUCCAAGGGCAACCGCUCUGCAUCCUGCUGCAGGCUCCCACCUUCACUGGUCCUGCCCUCAAUAAACAGACUCUUCCCAGCCACCUUGAACGGACACCACUACAAAUGUAUUACAGCUUCACAGAAGGAGAAUAUAGUACUUUUAAACAACCCAAUGUAUAUCGUUACAAUGCACUUUUUCUAUAAAGCAGUCUGUAUAUGAGGGAAAAAACAAGCAUGUGUGCUCCAGCUUAGUUUACCUUUUUGUCUGACAGUGUUCUUGUGCUGUUCUCAACUACCCUGAAGACAGGUCCUCGCCCUGUGUUAUUUAUCUCACAUGGUCCAACCAGUGAUGCUGGGCCAGGGAACAAGCUGCAAAACAAGCUGUAAGAAUGGCCACUUGUGUGUACAGGUCUGUUAAGUUCUGUUUCAUGAUGUAGCGGCGGCUAUAUAGUGUUUAUUUUAGUGUUUGUAAGACUUGUCAUGUUCCAGAACUCUUUCAUUUCAUUCAUAGGUUACUGUGUAAGUUUUGUGUUUGCAAUGACAAAGAAUAAAUGACCAAAUAUUUGCUCAGGA